AUGCCAUUCCGGUUUUCGCGCUCGACGCGACUAUCUGUUGUUAUUGGGAUAUCAACUUGUUUUUUUCUAGGAGAGAUUUCAGUGGGAUUCUAUACACAUUCGCUGGCGUUGAUUGCAGAUGCCUUUCACUAUUUGAAUGAUUUACUGGGCUUCGUGAUCGCAUUGGUGGCGUUGAAGGUCUCAGAAAGAGGCGAGUCCCCCAGGGGCCUUUCUUUUGGAUGGCAACGAGCUCAAUUACUGGGUGCAUUCUCCAAUGGUGUUCUCUUGUUUGCACUGGGGAUCAGCAUUUUCUUGCAGUCUAUUGAGCGUUUCAUAGCUGUGCAACGCAUUGAGGACCCCAAACUGGUCCUGGUUAUUGGAUGUAUCGGCUUGGGUCUUAACAUUAUAAGCGUACUUUUCCUUCAUGAACAUGGACAUGACCAUGAUCAUUCCCACGGUCAUGAUCACAGUCUACUGACAAUUGAAGAUGGACUUUCGCCUACUAGCGACGAUGAGGAGGACUCCAUUUCCACGCACAAGGACCACAAACACAUGCAUCACGAGAAAGAUAAUGUCCCGAUCUCCACUCAUUGCCACGAUCACGGGCAUGGGCAUGGGCAUGGGCAUGACCACGGCGAUCUUGGUAUGAUGGGAGUUCUUAUCCACGUCCUGUGUGACGCAGCCAAUAACCUUGGUGUUAUUGCCGCCGCCCUGGUAAUCUGGCUGGCAAAAUACGACGGUCGGUACUAUGCCGACCCUGGCGUCAGCAUGGGAAUAGCCUUGAUGAUCAUGCUAUCAUCCAUCCCACUCAUACGAAAAUGCGGACUGAUCUUCUUGGAAAGCGCUCCAAAUGGGCUCGAUCUGAGUGACGUGCAACACGAUCUUGAGGCGAUUCCUGGUGUGCACUCCGUUCACGAGCUGCAUAUCUGGCGAUUAAAUCAACAGAAAACCCUCGCAUCAGUCCAUGUUGUUGUCUCCGAUCUGUCGGUCUCAAGCUUUCUGAAGACUGCCAAAACAAUUAAUCAAUGUUUCCACGCGUACGGAAUUCACUCGGUGACAUUGCAGCCAGAGGUGUUAGCAGAAUUUGAAACGGAUGUCGUGCACCCACACGGGGAGAAGGCCCCUCGAUGUCAAGUGGUGUGUGGUACAUUGUGUGAGGCGCUGACCUGCUGCGGGUAA